UUUUUUUCUUUUUUUCUUUUUUUCUUUUUUUCUUUUUCAUCCCCACUUCUUGCUCUCCUUUCCGUGCCAGGUACACAUAUCAACCAAAAAAAAAGAAGAAAGAAAGAAGAAAAAAAACCAUCCUCAAUGAGCCAGGGCGAGGAACACAGGAUCCAGGCACCGACCACCACCACCAACGGUAAUACCUCCUGUGCACAACCUACUUCCUCCUCCUUCUCCAUCGUAGCAUCACCCAUCUCACCAAAGACUCCUUCCUUCUUCCCUGCUACUGGACCAGAACCCUCCUCCCCCCGACCCUCUGUCACCCUUCCCUCCGCAACCCUACCCACCACCUUCCCCCCGCGACCGACCUACACCAUCGGCACAAAGAGCCACGCCUACAGCGCUGACAAUCGCAAGUCCGUGCCUGCCUCCCGAGUGCCUGCCUCGCCAUCCUUGACCUCUGCGUCCAUGCCCGAGACGGACGAAUCGCCUCUCAAGGCAGCCCUUCCUACCUCUGCCUCCAUCCCAGUCUCGCCACCAACAAGCCCUUCAACGGGCACCAGCAUCCAUCGCGCCUCAAGCCUCCAGCGCCUCAAGUCGCCAGCCUCACCCUCCAUUGAGUCUGCAGCAGGACCAGGAUCUGAGACCUCUGUCCCGCCAGCAGAGGGUACUGCCGUCGCAGGCACACUUAGCCGAAAGUCCUCGCUCUCCCUUAAUCUCAGCCGCCACUCGUCUCUGUCCAAGAAACAUGGCAAUAACGAUCGUGAACAGGCCGUGCCUGCCUCGCCCUCGUCGACCCAUCGGCCCCAGAAGCAUUUCAUGUUGAACCGUCGAAGCGUCUCGCAGGACUUUCAGAUCCGCCUUCAGCAACAGCAACAGCAGCGACAGGAAGACAUGGGUGGCGAGGAUGUCUCUGAAGUCGGUGAGGAUCUGAUGCCUGGAACACCCACGUCCAUCUCAUCUCUCGGGUCAAGCACAAUGGGAAUCGGGGUCAGCGACAAGGAACGGGACAAGAGUCUGUCUGGUCGGAGUAACAGACUGAGUCGGAGUUCAGUAUCCCUGAUCGAGUCGAGGAGUAUCCAAACACUCAGUAGUAAUCUCGCCAUGGUCAGCUCACCCACAGACAGCGAGUCCCCUCAGCAAAACAGUGAUUCUCUCCUCUCGGUGAUCGCUCAAAAGGAAGCCAGGAUUGCUCAGCUACGCGAGGAUCUAGAGACGAACUUGGCUGAGCUGACCCAGCUCAAGGAGCGCUGGUCCCAGAUGAUGAUCGAGGAGCGUAAUCGUCAGCAGGCCGAAGCCUCUGCCUCGAUCCAAGAGCAGGAGAGACAGCUUUAUGGUCAUAGCAGCUCGCUUUCGGUAUCACAUCGAUUGUCGACCACAGGAGCAGGCAUUUGGGGCACCGUUGUCGGCAGCGUCAGUGGCAUCAGUGGUGUUAGCGGUGGCAUCAGUCUUCACAACAUCAAUGCCCUCCACCAGCAGCAACAAUACCAAUCACCUCACUCAACGAUGGGCAGUCCAAAUGGUAUUGUCAGUGGUCGAAGCAGCACCAGCAGCAACCCGACAAAGGGCGAAAGUCGGCCUACAAGUCCCUUGCCGGCAUAUCUCAGCAACUAUUCUACUCUCAAUGGUCUCAGCAGUCCGGUCUCGCCUGUUGGACAGAAUGGUAGCCUGGGCUCUGCAUCUAUCAAGAAAGGAGACAGGACAUCAAUGUCUUCGCUUUCGACAUGUUCCUCAUCUCAAUCAAACGCUGGCGAUGGCCCAAUAGCGUUCGAGGCGGGCCAUUCUAGCCAGAGCAGCUUUAGCAGCGCAGGACAUCCAGAUCCAAGUUCGCUGCAGAUGCAGCUGCACAAAGAACAUCGCGACUCGAGAAAGAUGAAGAGGGAAUCAAGUGGGCUGUUCAUUCCCUCGGAGGCAGAGGAGGUCUUAGUCAAUACAGGCCGUGCUCUUUUCAAGGGGUUCGGCUCUUUGCUAGGGGGUAUUCGAACAGUUGUCACCGAUGUCGCAGAGUCCGAUAGAUUCCAGCAUUCCAGGCAACGAACAAUUGAUAUGGUGUCGGGAUUGGCACAAACGGCAGCGGAUGCGUUGCCACUGCCGAGUCACGACGAUAUCUACUAUCAUCACCAACGAUUGCGGCUGCUGGACGAGGAGGAAGAGGAGGCAUUGUCGGUAGAGGAGCAGCAGCAACGGCACCAGCAGCAGCAACAGCAGGCCAAGGAACGGCGAAGGAGAGAGCGUCAGAAGGAGCGCGAGAAAGAAAAGGAGCGAAGACUACAGGAGGGUGAGCAGGGCGGAUCAUCAUCAGACCCUGCAGGCGUAGCUCGUUCGCCUAGUUUGAAGCGACGGACCAGUCGUAAAACCGAUCUUGAGAUGAACUCAAAUCAAAACAAAGCUGACAAUCUGACAACGGAACAACAAGAGACGGAAAAGGACUCGCUGUCCAGAUCUAUUAGCCAGUCUUCGAUCCAAGAAGGGCCCAAGAGCAAGCUGGGAUCGACCAUCGCCGCUGGUCUGGCUCAGGACGAAGAGGAAGCCUUGGAGUGGGAUAUCGAGGACAGGGAGCUGUUGGAGAGCCUGGAGGCAGACGUACGGGAGCAAGAGAAGGGCAGUGCUGAGAUGAUCAAAACGGUUCCGGAGCUAAGAUCUGCGGUAGAUACCCCAGUUAGGUCGGGCUUGGGGCCCUCGACUGCAUUCGCAUUAUCAUCCAAAAAGAACGACUGAGGCAUACACACAAAAUAAAAAUUGUAUUCUUUUCUUGAC